UUUACACCGGAAGUGUUGAAUCCUCCAAAUUUGUUUUCUCGGAGAUUUAUUUUUGCCGCUGGAAAGGCACUGAGCAUGCGCGAGCCCAAUUGGCGUUGGCGGGUGGCGCGCGGUGCGCGAGGCCAGAGUUAUGUGAAACUUGAGGUACUCUUCAGCAUAGCUUAAAAGAAUAUUGGAGAAAGAAAAUGAUUGACAUCUUUGUACUGAAGAUUGAAAAUCCAGACUGCUUCUGGGUUCAUGUAGGAGAUGGAAAUUUUUUAGAAAAUGAAACAGAAUACAAAAAACUUUACAGAGAAAUAAAUCAGUUCUAUAACAAAUCAUACAAACGUGUGGAUGAAAUCAAGCCAUCCGUAUUAGAAGAAGGGCAGGUUUGUGUUGUUUAUUGUCAUGAGCUAAAAUCCUGGUGCAGAGCCAUUGUUAAAUCAAUCUUAUCAUGUACAGAUUAUUGCCUUGUUGAAUGCUUCCUCGUAGAUCACGCUAAGACUGUUCCUGUGAAAACAGACAGGAUUUGUGUUGCCUUAGAGUCAUUUAUGAGGCUGCCUUACAGGGCAAAGAAGUUUAGGCUGUACUGUACAAAACCAGUAACCCUGCGUGUCGAUUACUGUAACAACAAUGCAGAGAUAGUCCCUGCUAACAGGUGGGAUGUUGCAGCUGUUCAGUACUUCCAAAACCUCCUGAAUGCAACUGCCAAAGUUGAGGCCAAGUUAUGUGCUGUUGAAGAAGAGAGUUUUGAUGUUUAUCUUUACGCCACAAUAAAGGGUCAAAAGAUAUGUGUAAAUGAUGAUCUCGUUGCAAAGAACUUUGCCUACUAUGGGAUGAAAGACAAUGAAGCACUGCGUAUUGUGCCAAAACAAAAGAUGCAGCCCACUUUGUCCCCUGAGUCUCAUUCAGAAAAGAUAAACCCUGCACUUGUUCUGUGGCCAACAUUGUUGCAAACCAAAGAAUCCAAUCAUUUAAAAACUUAUGCUGCUGUUUCUGAUAAUACUAAGGAAAUAAAACAUAAGAGUCUACAGGAAACGGCCUCCCAUAAUGAAGUAACUGAGUCAAAUGUAGUGGUGGCUGUUCCCCCUUUGGAAAAAGGCAUCGCAGAUUCUGUACAAGCCAAUAGGAAGACUAACUGCCCAUUGCAACAGAAAACUACUCAAAAGCAGAAGGAGAUAGAGAAAGGUCUUGAUAAGAAAACGCUGUGUUUGAAGCUUCUGCAGUUUUUAAACCCUGAUCCUUUGAAAGCUAGUGACAGACAUGAUGGGAAAGAGGAGUUUCAUGUGAAUGCCAUUGCCUGCCUUCCUAUUGUUCUGAGUAAUGAAAUUGACCCCUGCACCACCCUUGAAACAGCGCCACUCUUUCCUGAACUGAAAAAGGAGCUUCUCCGGAAUCAGGUCCUAUGUCCUAACCAUAUACAGUCAUAUUCCUGGCCACCAAUAGCUCGUGGGUGUGAUUCAAUUAUAAUCACUCCUGAAAAUGAUCCACUUGUGUAUCUUCUGCCACUUAUAACAUUUUUGCAAUCCAGAAGUUGCUAUGUGUCCCUGCCAUCAAGGAAUGGUCCAGUGGCAUUAAUCAUAUGUCCUGGGUGGAAGAAAGCUGAACAAGUGUUUGAGUUUCUAGAAAUCUACACCCACAGUUCUAGACCUCUUCAUCCCAGAUUGCUUUUACUGGGCUUGAACAAAGAAGAAAUCAAGAAUGUGAAACUUCCAAGAGGAUGUGAGGUCAUUGUAACAACCCCUUAUAAUGCUUUGCGGCUGCUCGAAUGCCACAGUUUAAUGUUCCUCAGGCUUUGCCAUCUUGUGUUUGAUGAGGCUGAGGUGCUGUUUUCUGACGCCAAUGAAGAAAUGUUAAGUAUCUUGGAGUAUUACAAAAAUCACUCCAGCAUUGAAGACAGGGAAUCUGCACCAUGGCAGAUAGUUGCUGUGGGAAGCCGUUGGAACAAAAGCUUGCAAUAUUUAACCAAAGAGUUCAUGAAUGAUCCAUAUGUUGUGAUCGCCUCCAUGGAAGAAGCAGCCGUGUACGGGCAUGUACAGCAGAUUGUACGGAUGUGUCUUGAGUGUGACAGAGUCUCUACAUUACUUCAAGUAUUGGAUUGUACUCCUACUAAUACACAGAAGACAUUGGUUUUCACCAGUUCUCAAGAAGAAACUGAUAUGGUUUCCAAGGCAGUGGCAAACACUUCCAUAUUUUGCUUGAGAGUACAGCCAGGAAUUGAUUUUGGUUAUGUUGCAGCUCAGUGGAACAAAAAGUUUACCUCCGCCACACAUGCUGUAUUAGUUUUAACUGAUGACUGCAUGUCAGCGCUAGGAAUUACUGAUGCAACGUGUGUCAUCCAUUUCAGUUUUCCAACCUCCCCAAGAAUCUUUGGUGCACGUUUAUACGGCAUGUCUGCUAACUUCCAAAAGUCAGUAGAAAAGGUUCUGUCUCGGCAACAAGGAGAACCAAAGGCAAAAUCCAUCUUACUGUUGACAGAAAAAAGCAUGUGCCAUGCUGCUGGGGUUCUGCGUUAUUUAGAACGCACAGAAGCCAAAAUCCCACCAGAACUGUAUGACUUCAUAUCUGGAGUGGUCGAAGCCAAAGAAGAAAGUAAGAGUGAGAGGCCACUCUGUCACCACCUGAAAACAAUCGGGGUUUGCAAGUUUAAAAAUAACUGUCCAGAUCGACAUCGAAUUAAUUUGCAAAAAGAUUCACCCCAAAAGGUGAUGGAGGACACUCUGCCUACUGCAGGAAACGUAACAAUACUACCACUUUUUGUUGUGGAUGCCACCCAGUACUUUGGCCACAUAGUGGGUAAACCAAAGGAUCCGUAUUCGACUCUUGCAGAAGAUCUGAAGGAGUAUUAUCAGAAAGCUAGCAAUCAUAUCUCGGUUGACACAGUGGAGAAGCUGGCACUAUAUGGAUUACAAGAAAAUAAUUCUUUCCACAGGGUCCAAGUAUUGGAAGUGGCUGCAAAAGAAGAAAACUCUGUGUUUUACAGUGUUCAUAUCAAGUACAUAGAUGAAGGCAGAUCAGGUCAAUUCCAGAAUUAUCAGCUGCUACACUUGCCAGAGAAGUUUCAAGUCUUACCCCCUCAGGCUGUGGAAUUUAUUGUUUGUAGGGUUAAGCCCAUUGAUAAUGAAACAGAAUGGCACCCAAAGGUUACCAGAUACAUUCAUCAAAAGAUCAGGGGGAAACCACAUGAAGCAAAAAUAGUACUUACCUUGGGAAACACUAUUUGGGUGGAUCCAAUGGUUCGGGUCACCAGGCUCUCAGAUCUGAAGACUUCUAUCAAUGAAUACAAUGUUCGCUCUGAGAUUCUUUCUACUGGAAUGGGAGUUGACAAUCCAGAGCACACACAAGAACUCCAGAAGUUGUUUCGAAAUGCUGCCGUAACCCCUGAGAAAAAGGACUUGCCUCCAUUAAUGCAUCUUCUGAAAUGUGGGACAAGUGAAUUGCCCGUGCCUGCUGAGCAGAACGUGUCAGACCAGGUCAGGCCGAGUUUACAGAGCACCCAGGGAGACAUCAAGUCCAAUGAACCGAUUGCAGAAGAUGAAACCGCUACUGAUGAUGAUGAAACUGCACAAAAUAAAAAAGCAGAAGAAUCUCCACAGCUGCCUGACAAAUGCUUCUAUCCAAUAAUAAAAUGGUUUGACAAGGGGGACGUUGCUGUAAUGAAGAUAAAAUUACGGAAUGUUACUGAGUACACCUGCAAAUUUUCCACACAGAGGAUCAUUUUUAGUGCUUUUGCAGGCGACAAAUUCUAUUAUGCUGACAUGGAGCUGCAGGGGAACAUCCUCAAAGAAAAAUCUACAUGCUUCCUUAAGAGUGAUGAGCCCACGAUCAUCCUUGCAAAAGCGAAAGAGGAGCCGUGGUGCAACUUGCUAAAGCACAAAAACCCUCAUGUGACAUUUGAUCUUGAUUACUUGGAAGACUGUGAACAAAACAUUCGCUUUCCUGUUGGUCCGAAGAAGGGGUAUCAGCAUAUAAAAGAAGAAAAACAGGAAGAGGAUCAAUCGUCAAUAGACACUGACACAGAGAGUGAUGAUUCAUCUUGUUAAUUUAGAUCCGUGCUGGCAAACCUUUGGCACUCCAGAUGUUAUGGACUACAAUUCCCAUAAGCCCCAAUUGGCCAUGCUGGCAGGGGCUGAUGGGAAUUGCUGGCAGGGGCUGAUGGGAAUUGUUGGCAGGGGCUGAUGGGAAUUGUAGACCAUAACAUCUGGAGCACCACUGAUUUAGAUUAAGGAUUAGGGUUUAAGAUUGUCCUUUAUUGUUUACUCAUUGAAGAACCCCAUUAGAUCUUUCAGGUUUGAGGAGUUUGGGUGCCAUUUCCAUAAUAGUAGAAUUUUACCUGCUAUCCUUUGCAUGCAUACUUGGAAGUAAAUACCAUUGAACCCCAUGAGACGUAUGCCUAACUUAACACACACGGAAUUGCUCUAUUAAACAUAUUGACUGUGAUUUUCAGAAU